CUUUACGGAAGUCACGCUCGACCGGUAACAGUCGUGAAUGACAUUUGUCCCAUUGCAGUAUUUUCUCUUUUACAAUCAUUAAUGAGAAAUUACAUUAAUUUCAACGAGAUCAGCACUAAAUAACUUGGAUCAUCUUACAAAAUGUCGGAAAAGACAAACUUACAGGAUGCUGAUGGCAAAGUCAGCAGGGUGAUCCGUGUUGGCACCAGAAAAAGCCAGCUGGCUCGAAUUCAGACUGACAGUGUUGUAGAGAAACUCAAGGAGUUACACCCUGAUGUUCAUUUUGAAAUAGUGGCUAUGUCAACAACAGGAGAUAAAAUACUUGACACAGCUUUAUCCAAAAUUGGUGAAAAGAGUCUCUUCACAAAGGAACUGGAAAAUGCUUUGGAAAAAAAUGAGGUGGACCUGGUUGUGCACUCUUUGAAAGACUUGCCAACUGUUCUUCCUGUGGGCUUCACUAUAGGAUCUGUGCUGAAGCGAGAAAACCCCCAUGAUGCUGUUGUCUUGCACCCCAAACAUAAAGGCAAAUGUCUAGACUCUCUAGCCAACAAGAGUGUUGUAGGUACCAGUUCUCUUCGCCGGGCCGCACAACUAAAGAAGAAAUUUCCUCAUCUGGAGUUUAAAGACAUUAGAGGUAAUCUCAACACUCGUCUAAAGAAACUGGAUGAAAAAGAUGACUUUUCAGCCAUCAUUUUAGCAGCAGCUGGUCUUCAGAGAAUGGGCUGGGAGAAUCGCAUCAGCCAGAUCCUUGGGCCUGAUGACUGCAUGUAUGCAGUUGGACAGGGCGCUCUGGCAGUCGAGGUGAGAGCUCGAGACCAGGACAUCCUGGAAAUGGUGUCAGUAUUAAAUGACUCGGACACCGUGUUGAGAUGCAUCUCAGAGAGAGCCUUCCUCAAACACCUGGAAGGGGGAUGCAGUGUUCCAGUUGCUGUUUACACUGAAGUUAAGAAUUCACAGCUCUACCUGACUGGAGCGGUGUACAGUCUCGAUGGUUCAGACAGUCUGAAGGAGACCAUGCAGACAAGCAUCAGCUCUGACAAUCAGGUUGAGGAGCAGGAGAAAGUUGACGAGAAGGCCCAGCGUGUGGGCAUCACUGCUUUAAAGGUGUCAGAAGCAGCCCAGGACGCUGCAGAGAAGUUAGGAGUGGACCUCGGAAAUCUGCUGCUCAGCAAAGGGGCCAAAGAGAUACUGACUGUAGCCAGACAGCUGAAUGAUGCACGAUAAGUAUAUAACAGUCCUUAUCUGUAGCUGAAGACCAACCACCCCCUUCCAGAAGUAUUUUUUUUAAUAAAUUUCAGUGUCAACAAGUGUUAUGUCAUCCAGUGGCCUUUAUAUUUUGUGUUAUUAAGAUAUUGGUUAGUUUUUCACAGAAAAUGUUUCUUUGUAUUUACAGCAGUUUAAUGAAAGUCAAUAUGCAGUUACUACUUAAAACAGACUUGCAGUAUGAUGCAUAAUAAUAAUGCCAAAAUAAUGACUCCACUGUUCACAGAAGUAUAACAGAGACACUGGCAAACAUGAACAACGUCUGCAUUACAGAGAGCUAAUAGAUCGAAAUUAUUUUUGCUCUCAUAUUAAGCCAUGAACACGCAGUCAUGCCUUUUAAGAUGGUGUGUGUUGUAUCUAAACACAUGCUUAUUUGAAACUUUAAUUAUUCUGGGGUGUACAUUUUCUGAAGCUGCUUGAAGUAUCAUCUACAUUAUACCUUCACUGACUCUGGUUAUAUAGGUGUACAGCAUAACCUGUGAACCACUACAAAACGUUUUUGUAUGAUUGAGUCAGCUGUUUUUUUCCAUAGAUGAAAGGUUUGAUAGUGGAAUGAUUUUCAUUCCAUCUCAGAUAUUUGCCACUAAUAUAUUUUAUGCAUUUGUUAAAUGUAGUCAUUGAACCCUUUAAAUUGAAUCUAACAUUUGUGCCUGGAAAUUCAAAAUAUCACCUCUGUAAAUGUCUUUGUGUAUUAGCUCUAGUUUGAUGAAGAUUACAUUUGUAUGGAGUUUGUAAGCACUACCUGAGCCUUUUCAUUCACUCCACUCAAAUUCAUACAAGUCCUUGCUUUAUUUAUUUGGCUAAAUGUAUUUUCUGGACUUCCUCUUGUGCCUGCAAUUGUAUGAUGAAACAUGAUAAAACUUAGCCCGUAUACUUUUGUUGUGGUAUUCUGAAUCACAGAUUUUUUGGUUGGUUUAUCCAUAGUUUAACUCAUUCCAUAUUGAAUCAAUGUGAGUAUAUGCAAGAUUCUUAGAAUGUACUGAAAUGAUAGAAUUCUAUGGCCAUUUCAGAGUCAGUGAUGUACUUAUAAACUCUAAGUAACUUGAUAGCAUUGACAUUGUUUGUCAUUACUUUGAAAUAAGGCAUCUACAUUUACAUAAAACAGCACAUUUUGAAAGUUUGGAGGUUUUAAGCAGAGUUGUUUGGUUUUAUGUACUGUAUUUUCCAGUCCCAAAUAAAUCAAGCAGUAU